ACCCGCCAUUUAAAUGUCUACGAUUCAAACCUCAGACUUGUGAUUCAAACUCGUGUGUUUUAACUCGCUGUGUUUCUGCUGUGGAGUCAGAGAAGAGUCUUUGAGCCGCACUACACUUCCUCCUUCUCGUCUGAGUUAACCUUCGAUAAGCAUCAUGGGAUCCAGUGAGAGCAAGAUGCUCGUGUCUGCACCGGUAAAACCAGAGUCGGCGAUCAAAAACCAUCGCCUCGGUGACCUGACGGAUCCACGCUCUCCAGGCAUCGACCGUACUCCUAUUCAGGUUGGUGGGCCUGUGACCAAACCUUCUGCUGCGGGGAAAAGUGAGUGUCCCCUGGCGUUCACCGAUCCCCGCUCCCCUUCUGUUGGUGUCAACCGCACCCCCGUCAGAGAUAUCAUGAGAGCGAAAGUCGGGUCCUUUGCUCGCCGCCUGGGCCUGCUUCUCCACAAUGAGGCUGAAGGCAGAGUCUCUGAAGACCCUCAGAAACGCUUCAGUAAAGUCGAGGAGGAGAUCUUCAAGCCAGAGGAGCUGGCUUCCACCCAGCCCCUCCUGACUCCUCAGUCAUCCGAAACCUUAAGCUCCCUGGCUGAGCAUGCCGACCUCCUUGCCACCCCUGUGUCACGCCCCCCCCAGAGCGCAGGUGACUCCAGCCCCUUCGUUGUUCUCAACGAGGCCCAGGUGGAGGUGGAGACAGACACAGAAAUCACCCUGGAGGAGGCGGAAGAGGCGAGGGAGACUCCUCUUCACAAGCGACUGAGCAUGAGCCUGAUCACCUACCACGAGGGAGCAACCUCAUCACAGAUCUUUGCUGACGUGCACCAAGACUGUGCUUCUCCUCUUCCUAGUGUAGAAGUGGAGCCUCUCAGUGAAGGCGUUGAUCACGCUUAUGCCCUUCCUUGCAUCACAGUUGAGCCAGAGUCCAGUGUUGAGCCUUCACCAACCACCGCUAAAGCUGAUUCACCAGUGCAGACAUCCCCUGCACAGCCAGAGGAAGCAGAGAAACCAUCACCCUCUGAAGAAACUGAAGAGCUUGUUGAAGCGUGUUCUUUACCUCCUGCAUCUGUUUCAUCAGAGCCACCACCAGUCACCCCCAGCCCAAAGCAACAGCAGCUCUGCAGUGGCAUCCGCUGCCCCACCUUUGACCCAAAGAGUCCCAGUCAGGUGGUGUUCAAACCGCAGUGGUUGGGAAAAGGCUUCGGUGCCUCAGGGCUGAGAGUCCGAGCGGUGAAGGCCGGCAAGAGAGGCUCCUCUCCUCUCGCCGUCCGUGUGGCCGUCAAGAACGCAACCAAGGAAAAUAAGGGACCGACUGGAAAACUGAAGCAGAAAGGUACUGAAGGCCGCUCCCCGCUGCAGAUCCUCAAGGAGAGCAACUCGCCCAGAGACCGUUCUCAGAUGAAGCUGAAGGUUUCCACCCCAGAUAAGCAGAGACAUGGACCGAUGGACCGCAGAGUGCUGGCAGUGGCUCUGGAUAAGGAGAACAGAUGAUUCAAUGCAGCCAUGUACAGAUUCCUGCUACUUUUAUAUCUCUUAAAACAUGCUUUUAUGUGUACAUUUUUCUUAAGCGGAUUUCUGUCGUUUUGUGUAAUUAUUUUUAACUGCUAUUUUAUGCAGUUUUCUGCCCUGUUUGUUCUUUUUGUAAAUAUAAAUAAAAUUAUUUGCAUUCAUA